CUUCUGCUUAAUCAACAAGAACAAGGAUUGCUUACUUCAAUACACAUCUCGUUGGAAAAUUUUGAGAAUGCCAAAUUACUAGAGAAAACACAGUAGAUAAGAAAGAAAAUGAGUUUGACGAGUGAGACUGGGUAUAGCUAUAAUAUUAGUGAUCUAAAAUGUCAAGUUUAUUUCCCAGGGUUAAGUUAUGAUGAUUUUGAUAGAAAUGGAUGUAUAAGUGCAUGGAAAAUAAGCAAGUUAUUUGAAGGAGGUCGUGCUAUAGCAUUUUUAGGCGGAUUCACUAGUGACCUUUUAAGUCCUAAAACUAGAACAAGAUUUAUAGUUGCUCAAAAUAUUCAGCUUGUACCAAAUACUACCAAGCGAUACAGAAGUUUUCCAUUUUCUGUCAUGUUAGAAUUGAAAGAUGUAGGUCUUUCUUCUGUUACAAUAGAACAAGUUCUAAGAAAUGAAAAGAAUGACAAGAUUAUUGGUACUAGUGUGUUUAAAUUUGUUUGUGUUGAUAGAGAAACCAAACGACCAGCAUCAUUAUUGAAAGAAGCCAGAGAGAGGUACCUGAAAUUACUUGGAGGAUCAGCAAAGGCUAAACCUCAAUUUCUAAUGACUAUACCAGAUUUACCAUUAGAUACUUAUCAUAUACCAAUCUUUGUGUUACCCAAUGAUACAGAUCAAAAUCAACAUCUAAAUCAAGGUCAAUUUGUACGCUAUUGUUUAGAUUGUGCUGCAAUGGCAUCUAUUGAAGGAUAUUAUCAAUAUUUUAUAACUGAUAUUUGCAAUUAUCAAGCUACUGAUAUUGAUGUGUUAUACAAGCGUGAAGCUCUAGCAGGUGAUCUUGUUCAUGCUCAUACAUGGCAAGACAAGAAUGAUCCCCAAAUUCUCUAUUUUAUCAUCACUAAAGACAAGAAUUCCUUAUUACAUGCAAGAAUACGUUUUGCCUUGGAACCAAUAUCAAAGUCUAAAUUAUGAAAUAUUCUUUCAAAUGAAAUGUUCAAUUAAUGUAUUAAUUAUGAUUGAAUCUGAUUAAAUCUAAUUAUCAGUGCUACAAAUGAAUUAAUUAUAAAAACAUUGACAGAUCAGAACUGAAUUUGUAUUUCCUAUUUCACCAUUUUCCAGUAAAUCACCACAUAAAUUUACUUUUCUUCUUGUUAAAUAUAAAGAUGACAUCCAAAGGGGUCAUUGGGUCCUUUAUGUUAAACUUAAGGGAAAAUAUGAAUAUUUGUUUGGUGGUUCCAUACUGAAAAAUGGUGAAUAGAUGUCUAUGGAUGGAAAUUCCCAGGGAUUGAAAUUUUAUGUUGAAAAUUAAUAAAAUUAAGAAAAGG